AUGUGCAACAAGUAUUCGAGGAAGAAAGUUGACAUGAAAGAGGUGCAAUGUUACAAGUCACAAGGAUUUCGUUGCUAUGCUCAAGAUUGUCGAAGAAAGAAGGAGUCAAGAGCAAAAUAUAAUGAUAAAGUGCAAGAUGCACAUGCUGGAGGCAGUGACUCGAAUGAUAUGCUACUCAUGGCGAAUACUCAAUCAAAUGGUGAACAAACCAAUACGAGGUUUGCAGAUGGCAUACAUGGAACAUCAAGUGGAAAAGGAAACAUAGUUGUGGUGAGCAAAGAUGGUAAUAGGGCUAGUAUUACUUACGUAUUGUAUGUACCUUCGAUGACAAGUAAUUUGAUAAGCAUAAGUCAAUUACUUGCCAAAGGAUAUAACAUGAAGUUGGAAGAAAAUAUGAUGAAGCUGUAUAAUAGUGAAUGCAUGAUGAUCAUGAAGGCACUAUUGGCAGAUGACAAAACUUUCAAAGUAGAGAUAAGCAUGGUUGACCAUCAUCUUGCUUCGACUGUUGUUGAAAACAAGAACUGGCUAUGGCAUCACAUGUAUGGACACCCAAACUUCAAAGGUAUGGGUAUGCUCAACCAGAAGAAGAUGGUAUAUGGCUCAGCUCAAGUGAAGGAACCAAGUCAGGUGUGUGAGGAAUGUUGCAAAGCAAAGUAA